AUGUUUUCAUUCUUGCCACUUGUUGAGCGUUGCGACAAUUUCCGCCGUGUGGAUGAGGGCAGUGAAGUCGACAAUCCCAUCCCGUUCUAUGUUACUCCGCCACAAGGGGUCGAGGUCAGGAUUGGGUGGAUUCGAUCCCCAGUGGUUGACGUAUUGCAGCAGAAAACAGGCAACCCCGUAUUUGAUGUGACAGGUACUGAAGCUUUGAUAGUUAAUUUUGAUAUCGUCGAAUCCUCUGAAUGUUUGCAUGUACCAGGACGGGAAGUUCGUUUUGUCCGUAAUCUUGACUCACCGCGUAAGCGUAGCGACGCGCUUGAUGUGCUAUGCAGAGAAUGGCGCAACAGCGGACUCUUCAGCGAUGUCAUCGGCGGGUCACUCUGGAGGGAUGAGCUUUAUCCAAUCUACUAUGACCCAUUUAAAAGGACGGGUUCGGAUAAUACAGAUAUCGCAUUUCUUCUCGAGCGUGCUUGUUGCACUAUUUUCGGGCUCGUAACAUAUGGCUGCCACAUGACGAUGUACUUGGAGGGAGAGCAGAAAAUAUGGGUCCCAAUAAGAGCAAAAACUAAAACUUGGCCGGGUUGCCCAGAUAACACCGUUGCCGGUGGAAUACCGUAUGGACUGACUCCAACAGACGCAUUGGUGAAAGAGUGCAUGGAGGAGGCUUCGCUCGAAGAAAGUUUCGUCCGCAAAUACCUCCGGGCUACCGGAGCAAUAUCCUAUUUCUUCCAAUCGUCGAAGGGAUGGCUCAAACCAAAGACGCAAUACGUCUACGAUUUGGUUGUGCCAGUAGGGGUGGAUGCCCCAGAACUUAAACCUUUAGAUGGUGAAGUAGAACGGUUUGAGCUUCUUUCGGUGGACGAUGUGCUCGACAAACUUAGGAAGGGUCUGUUCCCGCCAACCUGUGCUUUAGUCUUCAUAGACUUCUUUAUCCGUCAUGGUCACAUCACUCCUGAGUCGGAACCAAACUUUGUCGAGAUUCUUACAAGGAUGCAUGGCCGAUUUGGUUUUGACAAUUAUGUCUGUGCUCAACAUCCACAACUUUGUUUUCAUCCGUUUGGUGAUACCUAUUUCCACAAAGCAGUCUCCGAAUGA